UAGAGAAGUCAACUAUCGAGGUGGAAGCUUUGUGUCGUGUUUUAUGCAGACAACUAGGAAUCUGAAUUUCUGUUGGUUCCAACGGUCAGUCAUUUCUUGGGACCAAAGGAUUUCGUUGUAAUUUUCAGCCCGCCCCUUCAUUCUUUUUUCUCUAUCCUUCUCCUAUUGGUUAAUCUUGGUGGUGAUGCUGAUGAUGAUUUUCUUCUUUCAAUUUCUCUGUUAAUCAUAAGCUUCAUCCACAGGGUCUAUUGUCAGAUAUUGAAUUUGCUGAUAUAGAUUUGAGAAAAGGGGGAUUGUUUCUAUAUUUGUUGAGUGAUUGACAUGAAUGGGCCCAAAUAGGCUUAAAUGGAUGUUGAAGAUUCAUAUAACCGUCCCCAAUUAGUAUUGGAUUGAGGAGCAAAACAAUUGUUGUGGUUGUUGUUAUCGUCAUUGUGUUUAGUGAUCAACAGGCGGUCAUUGGUUUGGUUCCCUGGAAAUGUAAUGUGAUUUGGGAAGUUGAAUCUUUUUUGUGGCAAUGGCUGCAAGAGGGAUUUCAUCUGGUAAACAGAGAAAUCCGCGGGGAUUUAUGACAGUAUUGUCUUCUGCGGCUUGUGAAUGGUUCUUGAUCUUUAUGUUGUUUUUAGAUACGGCAUUGUCAUACUUGAUCACCAAAUUUGCCAGUUACUAUGAGUUGCAGACGCCAUGUAUGUUGUGCUCACGGUUUGAUCACGUAUUUGGAAACAAGAAAACUGGAUGUUAUAGGAGACUUUUGUGCAGAAACCAUAAAGAGGAGAUAUCAUUUCAAGUGUUUUGUCAUGUUCAUGGUAAUCUUGCUGAUGUUCGUGCUAUGUGUGAAGAAUGCCUUGUUUCAUUUGCUACUGAGAACGUACUUGUUAAAGAGUCGGAUAAUUUGAUGAUGGCUAAACUGGGGAAUAAGAGUUUUAUACCUAGUUCUCCUGGCCCGUGGAGCUGUUCUUGUUGUCACAAGACGUGGAGAGCUCGAUCAAGUGCUCAAAGAUUGCUCCAGCUAACUUCAGUUGGUUUUGGUGCUUCUAAGGCCAAUGUCAAACCUCCUCUACCACGAGCACCAGGUCGUAGCCGUUUCAGCCGCCGUGAUAGCUUUAAGAAAAUCAGGGAUAAGAUUUCUGGGCCAGACUCACCUAGGGCAAGGACUGCUGGUGUUGACCCUUUAUCACAUGUAGGAUAUACAGAGCUGAAGAUUACUUCAGAUUCUGAGUCUGAAAUCCAGAUUUCUGAUGAUGAUGACGGAUGUUCUGCUACUCGCAGUAAAGAUGAUUCUAGAUCAGAAGACAAUGUUCGAAGUGGCAAAGGAACAACACAGAAAAUAGGAACUGAGGCUGCGACUCCAGAGAAUCAGGUUCGACAAUCAUCUGAAUCCAGGCCUUCUCUUUUGGAUCAGCCAAUGCAGCUGGCCACCAGCUCGGGCAAAAAUGUGUGUUUUCGGGCAUGUGAUGAUUUUGUAGGGCAUGGCUUAGCAGAACUUGAUUGGGAAAAUCUUUCUCCUAAGGCCAGUCCUUCGGUAAUGCCAGAGCUCGUUUCAUUAGAUAAUAUCACCCAGUCACACAACAUUUUAGAAAAUCAUCACACAUCAGGAGUGAUUUCACAGCCGAACAUUUUUCUCCCUCGUAUCUCAGACCUCUCUGUACUGUCGGAGCUCAUAUCAGCAACCAAUUUGCCUUCGUCCAGUAUUAACAUCCAAGAGACAAAUUUGACUGAAGCAACUGAUGGAGGAAACAACAUAACUGUGAAGGAUAAUGCGAAAGCUCCAAUUGAUUUAGAUGACAGUGCUCCAUCUAUACCAAAGCAAAUUCAAGCCGAUAUAUCUGCUCUGAGCUACGGAGAGAGAAAAGUAUCAGAUAGGCUUGGAGAACCAAGUGCAAUAAGUGAUGCUGGAAAAGCUGGAGAAGGUAUGAAGUCACUCCCCCAACUUUCUACUUCUGAGAUGGAUGGAAUUCAAACUGCAAGUCAUAGGAAUCAUGAUCAUGGCAAUGACCACCAAAGAAGUGAUGCCUCUAGCUCCGACGGGGUACGUCUGCGUCCAAAAUCUACCUUCGUGGAGAGAGAUGAUUCUGGUAAUGAACCAGCAGAUGGAUUCAGCAUCAAUGAAAUUGAGGGCGAAAGUAUUGUUGAUAGGUUGAAACGACAAGUUGAACAUGAACGUCUGCGUCCAAAAUCUGCCUUCGUGGAGAGAGAUGAUUCUGGUAAUGAACCAGCAGAUGGAUUCAGCAUCAAUGAAAUUGAGGGCGAAAGUAUUGUUGAUAGGUUGAAACGACAAGUUGAACAUGAACGUCUGCGUCCAAAAUCUGCCUUCGUGGAGAGAGAUGAUUCUGGUAAUGAACCAGCAGAUGGAUUCAGCAUCAAUGAAAUUGAGGGCGAAAGUAUUGUUGAUAGGUUGAAACGACAAGUUGAACAUGAUCAGAGAUGCAUAAAUGCUCUGUACAAGGAACUGGAGGAAGAAAGGAGUGCUUCAGCCAUUGCUGCAAAUCAGGCAAUGGCUAUGAUCACAAGGUUGCAAGAGGAGAAGGCAUCACUUCAUAUGGAGGCUUUGCAAUAUUUAAGAAUGAUGGAAGAACAAGCCGAGUAUGAUAUGGAGGCACUAGAAAGAGCUAACGAUCUCCUUGCUGAAAGGGAGAAAGAGUUGCAAGAUCUGGAAGCAGAAUUAGAAUUAUUUAGGAAUAAUUAUACAGAUGAAUUAGCAGCAGAGGAUCCAGGCAAGGAGGAUAAAAACCAGAAAGGGGAAAAAGUAAUGACUGAAAAUAAUAGUCUAGAUCAUAUUGAGAACAAGCUCAGUGGCAGUUCAGAUUCCAAAACUGCUAAAAUAUCCAAAAACUGUGAUAAACCUAGAGAGUUUAACGAUUCAAUAUGUAACUUCGAGGAUGAAAAGCUCCGCAUUUCACAAUAUCUGAAGAACUUGGAGAAAAAGCUUUUUCAAGUUUCUGGCAGACAGGUCUCAGAUAAUGUUUCUUAUAAUGGAUAUUCAGAAAGGAUAGAGAAAGAUGUUGAUGAUCAAGUCAAGAAAAAAACUGCUGAUAUGAGAACUACUAAUUCCCAACAGGAGGAGAGUUCUUCAUCCAUGCGCAAUGAUUUUCCAAAAUCAAAUGGAGGCUCCACUGACAAGCCUGCUGAUUUAGGCAAUGGUAUUGUUAGUGAAGAUAAGAAUAAUUUGGACAUUAAGCAUAAAAAAGUUUCCUCUCUUGGAGGUGAAAUUGAUGUAGCUGCUAUUGGGAAUGAAAUUUCAGAGCUUAAUGGGAGGUUACAAGCACUUGAGAAUGACUGUAAUUUCCUCAUGCAUGCUUUUAACUCGCUCCAGAAUGGACAUGAGGGGAUACAGUUUAUUCAGGAAAUAGCUCAUCGGCUGCAAGAAAUACGGAAAAUUGAGAUUAAGACGAGAUGACUUUUUUGAAGUUUCAAGUAAUACAAGAUUCUGCUGCUGAGCUUUUCGUGCCAGAAGAGAGAAGCUGCAGAGAGAUGCAUCACUAUUUACAGCUCAUAGUAGGAAAGGAGAAGCCAAACUGCAGAUAACCAACCGGAAAGAAAGGAAGCAGCCAAAUAUACAGCGUGCCACUUCUCCUCUGUUCUUUGCAAAGAAAUAGUUUUCAUGAUCGCGAACUGGUCUGAGGUUCUGUUUUUCAGGUCUCUUCUCCUCUUAAAUUGGUUUUGAUUAAAAAAGUUACAGAUUGUCUUUUCUUUUUUGUUUCCUUUUCCUCUUUUUGGUCCUUUUUCACAAUUUUGUUAGUCGUAAAUGUGACUGAAUGGUGGGGUUAUGGUGUAAGUUUUGUAUAUUUUUCUCAAGGUUGGGCUUUGUUACCAGGUUUUACAAGUGUAAAUGCAGAUAGGUUCUUCAGGGA